UUUUUCCAAAAAUUCCCCCCAUUUUACAGCCCUUUUCAUGCAAUCCUCUUUUGUAUUAGGCAUGGCUAUUCUAUCAAUGGCUACAACUCCAAAAAUACUUGAAGCAAUAAGCACACGGGUUGAUAGCCAUUUAACAACUUUAUUAAGUAUUUAUGUUUGUGGGGUAUUGCUUAAUUGGAUGUUUACUCUCGUUCUUUGGCAUCACUAUUGGGAUAUGGAAAAAGUGGUUAGAGCUCUAGAGGACAAUUCCGGAACGGAACAGAGAAAUACAAUACAACAAAGACGCAAUAACCAAUCUCUAUAUUAUUGUUAA